CAUAUAUAAUGUCUGUUUCAAUCAUACUGGACAACAGAGGGUGCACUUGUGCAGAAACUCCACAUAUGCAUCACAGGACUAAUAGAACUCAUGACGUUCCAGGAAAUUACAUCGGAAUGUGAAAACAACAUGGACGCUAACGUUACAACAAAUAUGUUGGAUUUGUAUUAUCAGAGCUUUCCGAAAUUGCGUUGAAUGCAGUAUUACUUAUGAUUGCAGUAUAAUUUAACUACCAAUCAUUGUGCAGUGAUGAUGCUCCUUACAUGCGUUUCAGAGCACCAGUGGGUGAAUAUUUCAGCUGACAGCUCAGGCAUUUAAGUAAGGCACUGAAAGUGGUAACAAUCAUAAAGGGUUUUGGUACCCAGUCCUAGUAGUAAUCAGCCAUCAAAUAUCUUAUUUUUUAGUGGGUUUUGCAUAUUAAGCUGUGAAACAUGAAAGUAUUUUAACCUAAAAUUACAUACUUCACCUUAAAAGGGCUUGAAUAUGUUUUUAACCUCAAUGUUACCUUCAAAAUAUCUUUUAACGGCUUUCAAUUUAGCAUUUGUUGGUUUCAUGCUUAGCGCUGAAAGAGUGUUGAACUCAUGUGUGCACAGGUGCACGAAACAUUGCACUUGGUCUGUGUCACAGAUAUUACACUCCACAGCAGUGGAGCAAGAGCGCGAUACGCUGGAAAAGAAAGAGAGCGAGGCAGAUAAAGGGAGGUAGAGAGCGCUUUAAACAGACGUGGACGACUACCUACUGCUCAUUCCCCCAGAGCUGUAGCGCAGAUGAAGCAUCACUGCUGAGCUCACCAAAAAAAAAAAAAAAAACAGAUCUAAAUAGAAAAGAGAGGAAAAAACAGGGAAACAGAGAAAGAAAAAGCAGGUCAGAAGCUCAUUAAAAGCUUGAAUUAUCAUCAGCUGUAGGAAGUGAAUGAAUGUGUGUGAGAGAGAGUGUAAGAAAAGAGGAGGACCUCAGAAGAGAGGAGAGAAGUGUCAGCAGAGCUGUGGAUUUAUGCUGUCCGAUCUUGACAUCGCUCCCUCCUUUCCUCCUCCUCUCCUCCCCCCUUCAGCAGGCGGGCUUUUUGUGGCUGACCAUGCGAGGAUCCUCUCAGUGCCACGGGAAUCUCCUCUCCACCUCCGGACAGUUCUGCAGCUCUCGUUCUGUGGCUCACUGACCCCGAUGCAGCCUUAGUAGUUGUAUUUUUCACGAGGGAACGUCUUGGACAAGGAGCAACACAACUUUUGGACUGUGCAGACGUCUCCUUUUUCCUUGUGCUCAAUAAUUGAUGCGGUUUCCCUGUUGCUGCUUUGACUGUAAUCACAAGACGGGAUCAGGGAGGAAGGUCGGGACUGUGACCCCUGCAUGAUCCCUCAGUGUGUCCUCUCUGUGUUGUAGACUGUAUCUUCUUCAUCCACCUCAUCCAGCAUGCAGGUCUCCAUCGCUUGCACAGACCACAACCUGAAGGGUCGAAAUGGGGACCAUGGAAAAACGAACACCACCAGCCCCAACGUGGUGAACGCGGCACGGGCAAAGUUCCGCACAGUCGCCAUCAUCGCCCGGAGCUUCGGCUCUUUUACCCCACGCCACCACAUCUCCCUCAAAGAGUCCACCGGCAAGCUCACCGGCAUGAAGUACCGGAACCUUGGGAAAUCUGGAUUGAGAGUUUCAUGCCUCGGUCUGGGCACAUGGGUGACAUUUGGAGGACAGAUUUCAGAUGAAGUGGCGGAGCAGCUGAUGACUAUAGCGUAUGAGAGCGGGGUAAACCUUUUUGACACUGCAGAGGUGUAUGCUUCUGGAAAAGCUGAAGUCAUAAUGGGAAACAUCAUCAAAAAGAAGGGCUGGAGGCGAUCCAGUCUGGUUAUUACCACAAAGCUCUACUGGGGUGGAAGAGCCGAGACAGAACGAGGCCUUUCUAGGAAACACAUUAUUGAAGGUCUUAAGGGCUCCUUGCAGAGGAUGCAGCUGGAAUAUGUGGAUGUGGUCUUCGCCAACCGGCCUGAUAGCAACACACCGAUGGAGGAGAUCGUCAGAGCCAUGACCUACGUGAUAAACCAAGGCAUGUCCAUGUACUGGGGGACCUCACGAUGGACAGCUAUGGAAAUAAUGGAAGCAUAUUCUGUAGCGAGGCAGUUUAACCUGAUUCCUCCAGUGUGUGAGCAGGCGGAGUAUCAUCUCUUCCAGAGGGAGAAGGUCGAGGUGCAGCUGCCUGAGCUCUACCAUAAGAUAGGUGUGGGCGCCAUGACAUGGUCUCCUUUGGCCUGUGGGAUCAUCACUGGAAAGUAUGAAAACGGUAUCCCAGAAUCCUCCAGGGCUGCUAUGAAGUCAUACCAGUGGCUUAAAGACAAGAUAGUCAGUGAGGACGGACGAAAGCAGCAGGCAAAGCUGAAAGAACUCAGUCAUAUAGCUGAGAAGCUGGGCUGCACUUUGCCUCAGCUCGCCGUAGCCUGGUGUCUGCGGAACGAGGGAGUGAGCUCGGUACUACUAGGAACCUCAAAUGCAGAGCAGCUAACUGAAAACCUGGGAGCCAUACAGGUUCUUCCAAAGAUGACAUCCCACGUGGUCUCUGACAUUGAUCAUAUACUUGGGAACAGGCCGUACAAUAAAAAGGACUAUCGGUCCUAGGGGCUCUGGACGCGGGCUCAGGGUGAAGAGAGAUAUGUGUGUAGCAGUGUUCAUGCCCUAGUGGUUCCUGCUCCGAAUCGGUUUUCAUCAUCGGUCAGGCCUUAGAGUGCCGUCCUCCAUAACCUGUUACCUGCAUCCCCUCUGUUUCUGCUAGUGUGCCUUUGCACCCAAACACAGCAAGAAUCCUCUCGACUGGUGUCCAGGUGUCACCUUGUUAAGGCACCUUGCUGGAGAGCUUCACUCACAAAUGUGAUUUAUGAACCUUAUAAACACCCAUGCUUGACCUAUGCUCUCAAAACCAUCAGCCACCGGGACGUCUGGCGGUAUUAGCGCACACACAGGGUGGAGGAAAAGCGCAUGUCGUCCUCUUGUGUUCAAACGCAGCAACUGCAGACCUGUAGAGCGCAGACUCUGUGGAGCAGUGUGCAUUCACAAAGAUUCGAGCUGUUUUGCCUGUGCAAGAAUGCCUGUGUUGAUAUUUUCUGAGGGAUAUUUUAAAGACGUUAUGCGUGUUUGCUUUAUAAUGCGGUAGAAAAAUAAGUAAAUGCACUCAUCUGACCUAUAGGAAAUUACUUGAAUGAGGGUAGCAUAAAUCUAUGAAUACAUGCUUACUGAACAUGCAACUGUAUUAUAAACCGACCUCAAUCCGCAGUCUAAAUAUACAGUAUUAGAGUUGAUCUGACAUGCAUAGAAUAUAUGCCAGCAGUCUAAUGCAUUCAUGUUUGACUAUAAAUGAGUGACUUGUUUUUCCUUUUAGUAACAGUGUGAAAGAUAUUCAGAGGAAAACAACUUAAAGGGAUGGCCUUGUGAAAAAGAAAUGUUUAAUUAUAUUGAAUGUGCACUUUUAGUGUACUUUCAAUUUCAAAAGUAUGUUUUUUUAAAAAACUGUACUUCUAGAUAACAACAUAUCAAUGCAGGCCAUGUAAGUGUACUGAAAUAAAGUACAGUUUCAUGACCAUAUUCUUUAAUACACUUAAUUGGACUUUUAAGAAGUCAGAUGUUGUUGUGCUUUAAAAGAAGUACACUUAUUUUAUA